CGGCGCAAUGCAGCUUCGUAUCGAAGAACGAGAAAGCUUCUGCGCGUGAAGCAAGAUCCUUCAUUUGCGCCAGCGACGACAGAAACAAAAGACCACAUCAUUUUCAAUCCACCGCCGAGCGUGCCUAACGUAUACCACACACCGAGCAAAUUCCUACCCCAGUCGGAUCCGCGAAGAAAAUUGUACGAAGAGGCAUUAUCGGCAUCGAAAUCUGGAGCACGAGCGCCUACAGAGAAAACAUCAAUCUUGGCUCGAAUAGCGGCGCAGCGUCAGGCAACGCAAGUCAAUGCGAAGAGUCUGAAGCCUGUACGGCCCGAGUACGAAAAACAAUAUCAUCUCACCCAAGUAGAAAUUGAUGAAAUUAUAAGAUUGAGGACGGAGGAUCCAUACUACUGGAGUCGAGUGCGCCUAGCGGAAAAGUUCAAAUGCUCACAAUUCUUCGUGAGCUUAUGCGUGACAGCACCAGAGCGCGCGAAGCAAGCCGAAGCAAAGAUUGAUGCGAUCAAGGAUAAAUGGGGUCGAACGAAGAGUGAGGCCAGACUGGCCAGGUCGGAGAGGAAGAAGCUCUGGGGCAGAGAUGCGUGAUUGUAGGAAAGAUGAUGGCAAGAAGACCAUCACCAUCAGAAAUGGAAUCGUCAUUGGACGCCCACAAGACUUCUGGCACCGACGAGAUCUCACGCCCUCGUGAGCAGAACGGCCAUUAUCCAUGAGGGAGGGUCGCUGCCAGCUGUGCUGCAUCUACCUGGAGAAGCAUUGUCUCGGUAGCGUAUGGCAGCGCAACCUUUGGACGUCCAUCCGAACCUGCCUCGCCUCCUUUCGAGCCUGGCUUCCAGAGCACAAACUGGCAGCAUCGCAGCGCCGCCAUGUCCAAGAGCGAGGAGGGGUAAAGAAAGGGCAAAGCGCGGCACACUGCAGUGUAAAUAUAGCACAUGCUGUAAGAUACCAAUUGAUGAGAGGCUGUGGUAAUCUCAGAGAUCAGGCCGCCA